UUUUGUUUCAAAAUGGCGUCUAAUGUUGAAUAUUACGAAAAGCAGAAAGAAUUACAAGAUAAAAUAAAUAAGAGUGAGCAAGAGAGGCUCAGGUUGGACCAACAGUUGAAAGCAUAUUUUCAGUCUGACCAGAGAUUAGGCAAGCUGAAGGCUGUACGGCUACAUAACUAUUGGAAGAAGAUUUGUGAGGAUGAACGUCGUAGCAAGCAGAGGAAUGAACAGAUCCGCCGAGAGUUUGAGAGGAUCGAUACACACAUGGCAUCCCUUGGCUCCCGGACAGAGAAGCUCAGAAUAUUAAAGAAAGAGUAUGAGGAUUACAUAGAGAGGACCUACCCCCAGUGGAGGGAGCUCUGUCAGGCCAAGAUGGCAGGGCCAAAGCCUGAUGCCACUGUGCCUGAUGGUCAGAUUGGCAGCCCUCGCGAGGAGACAGACCCAAUAGCUGAAAAAGUAAAGCUGCAGAUGUCACAGAUUGUCAACAAUAAAUCCCCAACCAAGCCACCCAGCAACAUUAUGAACAUCCGAGCUGUGGGAGCAUCCCAUUCAGCUUCUACAAGUGCUGCUCCUGUGACGACCCACCAAACUUACUCAGUCUCUCAACAGUCCUACAUGGCUUCUCAACAGCAUCACACAGCCUCCCAGCAAACAUACCCUGGGUCACAACAUGCAUCAUCAGUCAAUCAGCAGAGCUACGGAGGGACACAGCCUGCUUCAUCCACCCCCCAGCACUCUUUACCAUCAGCUCAGCCGGUCACAGAUUCUCAUCACACAUACAUGAACACUCAGCCAUCACAGGCCACACAGAUCCAGCCUCCAGAAGCUUUUGCUAAUUCAUCGUCAGGUCAUGUUGCUGACACAUCUGCAGAGCGGGACAGCGACAUGGUGGGUAAGGGGAUUCAGUCUGAGACACCCCGUGAUGUGAGCAGGGUGUCAAAUACUCUCUCAGACACACCCCGUGACAGGAGUGAAGAUGGUGGACCAUUGCCGGUACAGAACAUAAGUAUACAGAGAAAGGUGGCAAGCCCUGCACAGGGGGCAGUUUCAGCCAUGCAGCCUGAAGUUGAUGAAGAUGAUGUGGACUUUGGCAGUGAUGUUGACCUCCCACUGAGUGAUACUCAGGGUCAGGCACCUGUACAACUAAGGGAGAGAACUGUGUCAGGGGGAGAUGACUCUGUCUCCGCGUCAAAGCCUUUUGCUAGAGGAUCCAGUUUUCACUCAUCAAAACGAUGGAGCGAGUAUGGAUGUGUGAAGCCAGAACUGACAUUGGAGGGAAUGCUGUUCCUACUUAAAGUUGUGCAGGAGGAUUUCCCCCAAGCCUUUGCUACAGACGGCUACUACAGAUCCUACAGACCAGACUCUUCUGCCAGGUUGGAGAUCAUACAGAAAGCCAACAGCAAGAGUGACCUGGAGACGUUUGAUCUGAAUCAAGUGAGCAUGCUGGUGCUGGAGCAGAUGAUCCUAGUGGUGAUGAGUCUGAAGGAUGGCUACUUGUUGUCUGACAGCCUUCUGGACCAGGCCGAGAACACUGCUCUCUCACAGCACGCCAUCAAGCAGCAGUUAUCUCCUGAUGGGCAGACAUUGUGGGAUGGCUUGUUCAACCACUUCUCCCUGCUUCUGCAAUACAAGGUGAUGGAGCCGAAGGAAAUUGCAGCUAUUUUUGUGCCCUGCAUCGUGGAGGAUGGGUCACUAAAACAAAAGAAGGCCUACCAGUUGGUUACCCGACUACUGACGAGGAUGAGUGGGGAUGAGACAGAUGAUGCCUCUUCCCUGGCCUCCCCGGUACGCCAACCCGCGCCCCACACACCCAAGGCUGAUGUCAACAGUGGCACAUAUGAUGGCAAGGUUCCACCACUGAAGUUUGGCAGCCUGCUGGAGAAACCCCUCACAGAUGACGAGUCCACCAGCUUCUUCAGUAGUGCACCGCGAGAGAAAAUGCCGCUAAAUGAAACUGAUGCCUACAAGAACAUGUUGAGUGGAACAAUAAACAGCCAGCGCAGCAGACCCCUGGUGGAGGAGGAAGAGGAGGAUACAGAUGAUGAUGUCGAGAAACAGUUUGCCUCUGUGUUGUCUCCCCGCACUCCAGCAAGCAACAGCAUCCCAGAGGCAACGGCAAACUUUGACACACAAAGUAAGCCGCCCCAGAUCGAAGAUGACGACGUGUCGGAGAUGAGCAGCCCUACAGCAGCAAAUAGUCCUGUGUAUGUCCCAACAGCAAUACAGCCGAGGUCAACAAUGAACUCAACAGGUUCAAGCCAGCCACCCAAGAGAAUAGCGGGAAUAAAGAUCAGCUCUGACCUUGACACAGAUUCUGAGCUUGAUGUUCUAGCAGCCAGCAAGAAACGACAGAAUUCGGAGGAACAGGAGGAUGACUUCGACUUCUAUGGCUGAUUCUUGUGGAUUCACCUGUUCACCCAGAUCACAUAUAUCAGUAUAGCUCUAGUCUAGUCUUCUUGAUUAGUUGGUGCAUUUAGUCCAUACAUCUCAAGUAUGUUGUUAAAUGUUGACGUCUCAUCAGCACACAUUAACAUGCCACAGAAACCAGAAAAUUCAGUUAGCACUGGAUUCACUGUGUCGUCUUUGAGUCUCAGUCAUUGCUGGAUGUGUCUUAUAGUUAGCCAUUGACCUCAUUCCACAUGUUGUGUAGUCCCAAAACAAGGUAUAAAUUUUCAUGGUAUAUUUAGCGCCAGUGCAGGCAGUUCAAAUAUGUCAGCUCUCCUUAUUUCCACCUUUCUAUGUGCUGAUGUAUAAAAUAUGUCCCAUACAUUAAAGAUUGUGGGGGAACGAGUGGCCCAGUCAUCUAAGGUGCCGCGAUUCACUGUGCAGAGUUGUGUCCCUUGGGCACGCCAGAAACCUAUGAUUGUGGGUUCGAAUCCCGGUUCGCCCUGAUUGUUUCUGGGUUUGU